CGCUCAAUGAUGACGACACAGGAACCGAAAGUGAAGGAUAGUUCUAGAAAGAGCCGCGACUGCAUGAUACAGACAAACAGCAAUACUACAACGAAUUUUAUUGCGAUAAAGUAAAUUGACUGUCUUGAAGUAACCGCAGUUAUUAUCGCGGAACAUUAUACCGUAUCGAGAACAUGACGACCAUCGAUUACAGUGUGUGGGAUCACAUCGAGGUGUCUGAUGAUGAAGAUGAUACACAUCCGAAUAUAGACACACCCAGUUUAUUUCGAUGGAGACACCAGGCUCGGGUGGAACGGAUGGAGGCGUUCAUGAAGAAGGGUGAGGACCUAGAGAAAAGUCUGGCUGAGAGUAAGAGGAAGCUGGCGGAGGUUCAGCGUCGCAUUCAGGAGCUCAACGUUGCCUCCAGCAAAGAAGAACUGACCAAAGCUCAAGCCGAGGAGAAACAGCUGAAGAAGGAGGAGAGAUCGUGGCAAAAGAAAUUGGAUGAGCACCGUUCGGAGGAGAAGAAGAUGCCCUGGAAUGUAGACACGCUCAGUAAGGAGGGAUUCAGUAAGAGCGUUGUCAACGUAAAGCCUGAAACGAAGCAGGAGACAGAAGAGGAGAAAGAGGAAAAACAUAAAACCUUUGUGGAGAAAUAUGAGAAACAAAUCAAACACUUCGGUAUGCUGAGGCGCUGGGAUGACUCUCAAAAAUAUCUAUCUGAUAAUCCUCACCUGGUGUGUGAAGAAACGGCCAAUUACCUGGUGAUCAUGUGUAUUGAUUUGGAGGUGGAAGAGAAACAUGCUCUCAUGGAGCAGGUGGCCCAUCAGACCAUCGUCAUGCAGUUUAUUCUGGAGCUCUCCAAGAGUUUAAAGGUGGAUCCGCGCGGCUGCUUUCGUCAGUUCUUUGCCAAAAUCAAGACUGCAGAUCAACAGUAUCAAGAUGCCUUUAAUGACGAGUUGGAGUCGUUUAAGGAGCGCGUUCGGGGCCGAGCGAAGAUUCGCAUUGAGAAGGCCAUGAAGGAAUAUGAGGAAGAGGAGCGUCAGAAGCGUCUGGGUCCCGGCGGUGUGGAUCCUGUGGAGGUGUAUGAAUCUCUGCCUGUGGAAUUGCAGAAAUGUUUUGACGAGAAAGACAUUCAGCUGCUGCAGGACACCAUCAGCAAAAUGGACCCAACGGAGGCAAAAUACCACAUGAAGCGCUGCAUCGAUUCAGGAUUGUGGGUACCAAAUUCGCGAACAGACGAGGAGGCCGAUAAAGAUACGGAGGAAGGAGACGAACCACAAUAUGAAGCGCUAAAGAAGGAUGACCAGUGACCGUCAAUCAAGCAUCAUCACUGUGACCCCUGACCCCGCCUAUGCUUGCAUCCUUUGCAACCACAAACCGAAGUCAUUGCUGUCAUUGAGGAUCAAAGUUUGAGCCCCCAUCUUCUCCUGUAUUAUGAAAAAGUCCAGAAGUAAGAGUGCAUAUGCGACUAAUGUCAAACGUGAUUAUUUUCUGUUAGCUUCGACUGCCUGCUGCUGUCAAAGGACUGAUGGGUAAUUUUACCGACAGUAACUAAUCCUGAUCUUUGACCCAUGUUCUCUUAUUUCAUUAUUUUAUGUCAGCUGGUUGUUAUAGUUUAAGGAAACGCGACAGGGUCAUGGCCAAAAUGAGUGUACAUUAUCCUGAUCAUUAUAUGCCUACUUAUUUGAUAAGAGGUUAAAAACAAAAAACAAAACAAUGAUGUGAGUUUAAAUGCAUAUAAACAGAGUUUGUUUGGCUACUUGUUUAGUAGUAGUUGCAUCAUAAACAGUUUUAAUGUCAUAUUGAUAAUUUACUGCAUUUAUGUCUUCAGAAGCACAGGUUGUGUGUGAUUUAGGUGUCCCCAGUUUGUUCAGAAAGACGUGCUGACGCUUGUGUAGUAGCAAACAUGGGUAAUAUUUGAGAGGAAUGCCAACUAUUAGUUGACUUGAGAUUGUAUUUCAUUCAGAUGAUCUUUUCUUGGUUAGUGCUACAUGUAGGGUUUAUGUUGCAGAAUAAAAACAUGGGGACUGUGGGAGA